CACCUCUGUAAAGCGCCGGGCUGGGGCUUCAACUCCCCCUUCAUGCCUCCCUCCCCACCCGCAGCACCAGCAACAAGUGGUGCAGGCUGUGGAACGUGCCAAGCAAGUGACCAUGGCAGAACUGAACGCAAUCAUUGGGCAGCAACAACUCCAGGCCCAGCAUUUGUCACAUGGACACGGUCUCCCAGUGCCUCUCACUCCACACCCUUCUGGCUUGCAACCUCCAGCCAUCCCACCAAUUGGCAGCAGUGCUGGCCUCCUAGCACUAUCCAGUGCGCUGGGUGGACAGUCCCACCUACCAAUUAAAGAUGAAAAGAAACACCAUGAAAAUGAUCACCAAAGAGACAGAGACUCCAUAAAGAGCUCUUCUGUGUCUCCAUCAGCUAGUUUCAGAACAGCAGAGAAGCAUAGGAACUCAACAGAUUACUCUUCAGAAAGCAAAAAGCAGAAAACGGAAGAGAAAGAAAUAGCAACUCGUUAUGACAGUGAUGGUGAAAAGAGUGACGAUAACUUGGUGGUCGAUGUUUCAAAUGAGGAUCCUUCUUCCCCUCGAGGGAGCCCAGCACAUUCUCCAAGAGAGAAUGGCUUGGACAAGACCCGACUCCUUAAGAAAGAUGCACCAAUUAGCCCAGCCUCUAUUGCAUCUUCUAGCAGUACUCCUUCCUCAAAAUCCAAAGAACUUAGCCUUAAUGAGAAAUCUACCACUCCUGUGUCUAAAUCAAAUACCCCAACUCCACGGACUGAUGCUCCAACUCCAGGCAGCAAUUCUACUCCUGGAUUGAGGCCUGUGCCUGGGAAGCCGCCAGGAGUCGACCCUUUAGCUUCCGGUCUAAGGACUCCAAUGGCAGUACCAUGUCCCUAUCCUGCUCCAUUUGGAAUUGUGCCACAUGCUGGAAUGAAUGGGGAGCUGACUAGUCCAGGAGCUGCAUAUGCCGGUCUACAUAAUAUUUCCCCGCAAAUGAGUGCAGCAGCUGCAGCGGCAGCAGCUGCNGCAGCUUACGGGAGGUCUCCAGUGGUUGGUUUUGAUCCACAUCAUCACAUGCGAGUCCCAGGCAUCCCUCCCAAUCUGACAGGCAUCCCAGGAGGAAAACCAGCUUAUUCAUUUCAUGUAAGUGCGGAUGGUCAGAUGCAACCUGUACCUUUCCCUCCUGAUGCCCUCAUUGGACCAGGAAUCCCUCGCCAUGCUCGUCAGAUCAACACUCUGAAUCACGGGGAAGUAGUGUGUGCAGUUACCAUCAGCAACCCCACAAGACACGUGUACACUGGUGGAAAGGGGUGUGUCAAAGUCUGGGAUAUUAGCCACCCUGGGAACAAGAGCCCUGUCUCUCAGCUAGAUUGCCUGAACAGAGAUAACUACAUCCGUUCCUGCAGAUUGCUCCCAGACGGCCGCACCUUGAUUGUUGGUGGGGAAGCCAGCACAUUAUCCAUUUGGGACCUGGCAGCUCCUACUCCACGUAUAAAAGCAGAGCUGACAUCUUCUGCUCCAGCCUGCUAUGCUCUAGCUAUCAGCCCCGAUUCAAAGGUCUGCUUUUCCUGCUGUAGUGAUGGGAACAUUGCAGUGUGGGAUCUGCACAACCAGACAUUAGUCAGACAAUUCCAGGGCCACACGGAUGGAGCCAGCUGUAUUGACAUUUCUAAUGAUGGCACGAAGCUCUGGACGGGAGGUUUGGACAAUACGGUCAGAUCCUGGGACCUCAGAGAAGGAAGACAGCUACAACAGCAUGAUUUCACAUCACAGAUCUUCUCACUGGGGUAUUGCCCAACUGGUGAAUGGUUGGCAGUAGGAAUGGAGAACAGUAACGUUGAGGUGUUGCAUGUUACUAAACCAGACAAGUAUCAAUUGCAUCUUCACGAGAGCUGUGUGUUGUCACUCAAGUUUGCUCACUGUGGCAAAUGGUUUGUAAGCACUGGAAAAGAUAAUCUUCUUAAUGCCUGGAGAACACCUUAUGGAGCCAGUAUAUUCCAGUCCAAAGAGUCCUCAUCUGUGCUUAGCUGUGAUAUCUCUGUGGAUGACAAAUACAUUGUCACUGGCUCUGGGGACAAGAAAGCUACAGUCUAUGAAGUUAUUUAUUAGAGACAAAGCUGAAUGGAAACAGGACUCUUCCUCGUAGCACUUUGCUGUAUAUUCCUUUUUUUUCCCAUUCCCAAACUGAGGACUUACAAUGCUCAUCACAGUUGUGGAAUUGGUUUUUUUUCCCUCCCCUCCCAUCUAACUUGCUAUUAAAUUGUGAAUGCUCAUUAAGAACUUGUGAUACCAAACUUUAGAUAUCUACGUAGAAGAAGAGGGGAUAAGACACUUAACAUUGAACUGAUUCUCUAAUGAUGUAUUAUAGCUGUAAUGUAUUUAUUUUGUUUAAAGAAGACUUUCUAACAAUGAACUGACUAAAUAAAGCUGUCUGCCCCUGCCUUGGUUUGAAAGGUGCGUUGUAUAUUUUGUGAGGUUUUGCUGGUGGGUGGAAAGGAGGAGGGGUGGGAAUGCAGAAGUGACAAGUGCAUUAAAUAGAAUGAUAGCUUAUAUGAAUUUUUUGACUACUUAUCUUGCUCCUGUUGAGACCUCUUAAGUAUUACUGUAAUAUAAAUAAUUAUUGUGGGAGGAGAUUUUUGUAACUGAACUCUUUUAAACCAGUUUGAAAAAUCUAGAAGAAUAAUUGCAAAUGGAAACCAAUAUUUGUAUGUAUGUGUGUAUAAUAAAUAAGUGUGUGUGAGUGCGCGCGUGCGUGUGUGUGUAUUAUGUGCCUUUGAUAUUUUUCCUGUGAUUUUUUUGGGCUAGUUUAGUUCAUAUCUGAAUUAAAUAAAUUGUUGGGAAAAAUAUACCAAAAAUAAGGUUCCUUUUUUAUGUAUAUAAUAAUCUGCUGUUAUGUAGUGUUUUGUAAAUAGAUUUGUUUUCAAUGCUUCUGGCGAAGGUAAAUGUCCUCUGUGUUGAUCCUGGCUUU